GCAAGUAGUGCAGAAAGUACAGUGCGCAGCUGCUGCUAGGAAAGUAUAGUGUCACGAUGUUCAUAAUUUUGUUAUGAUUCGUUCAUUUCUCAGAUUUCUCACAAAUUGACUGAGCAUCGGCGAAAAAUGACACUGUAUCACUUCGGGAAUUGUUUGGCAUUAGUGUACGUGCCAUACUACUUGACCUACAAAUAUUCCGGCCUGUCGGAGUACGGUGCUUUCUGGAAAUGCAUUCAGGCCGGCGGUAUUUACAUAUUCACGCAGCUCGUGAAAAUGCUGGCGCUCGCAACAUUUUUUCCAACCGCUGACAAUGUGGGAGAAGAAGGUUUCGAUAUCCUUGGAGAAUUUUUAAAGUCAUCCAUCGAUCUGGCAGACUUGGUAGGAAUUUUGUUGGUACUAAAUAGUAUACCUGGCAAAGGCCACGCCAAGGUAUUGACUGCUGGUAUAGGGUGGGCAGGAGCUGAGGUGCUGCUUACAAGAUUCUUGUUGCUCUGGGUCGGAGCGCGUGGCGCUGAAUUUGAUUGGAAGUACAUUCAAAAGAGUCUCGAGUCGAACAUCAAUUUGGUACAACACAUAACAACCGCAACAUUGGUUUGGUUAUGGUCGAGACACGAUUUACGACGUGGUUUAGUUCCUAUAGUGAUCAGUAUGCUUGUGCUUACGGUGUACAGGCCACUCAUGUUAGACUUUCUCUCAUCACUUUUAUUAGCUGGCCCAUGGUCGACGCUCAUUAUUAAAGCGAUCACCACCUUUUUCAUUGGCGCAACAACGUUGCACAUUUACGCGGGUCUCGCGCAUUCAAUUGGAAUUUUCUAAACAAAUUUUCAGUACAUGAAUUUGUGUACAUACAAUAUGUGUGUGGUGUACAGACGUAUUGAUCAAUGUCUCCCAUAUUUUCCAAUGGUAUCAUAAUUACAUAUUAAUAAAUACACUGUUGUUAUUUAUAUUGUAUUAUUUUUAUCUACGUCAUUUUGUGUUAUAUAUUUCACAAUUUUAUGCUAAGUAUCACAUUCAGUAACAAUCUCGUGAGUGAUAAUCACGAUAUAUUAUGUACGAGAAAAGAAAAGAUUUUUUUUCAAAUUAUACUAUUGUAUUAAAACAAUACAUUUUAAAGGAUACGGAUACCAGAAAGAUUCUUCCAAAUGCACUGAUAUCAGGAUAAAAGCUCUUGUUGAAUUUUGCAAAGCAUUUCUUGAACCAUAAAGAUUAGAUUUGAAAUCACCUUAUUAUCCUGAUCUAUCGGUAUGUAUAUAUUAAAUUAUAUAAAUUUUCAUUAUUGUCUUCGAUUUUCUUAUUUCAGAGUAUACAUACUGUAUGGUUAGUGCACUUUUAUUCAAGUUUUGAAUAAAAAAUGAAUAGAAAUAAAAAGUGUAUAUACAAAUCUA